AUGGCACUGUUCAGCAUGGGAUUCACACGAACUGAAAACCACUCAUACUUUAUAUUUCGACCAUGUCCUUUGGGAACGUUCUCGAACUCUGCUAAAGAAAACGAUAGGGAGUGUAUAGAAUGCCCUCCAGGUAUGUGUUAUCGAUGAUAAUGCUUGAAAUUAUCGAGUAAAAGCAUCUCAUUGCAGGUGGCAAAGUAACUGCUGAAGUCUAUAAAUACUUGAUCUGUAAUGACUGGUCACAUUUCUAGUAAUGGAAGCAAUAGAUACAAUUAUGAUUAUGGAAACUAGCAUCAGUUACCUCUACGCGCCAUAACCGUUUUGGGUGACUGCUAAUGUAGGUAAGGGGAAGAAUUCACAAGAAUAGAAACCAGAGUGUUUUAACAGUGCGUGCUUUAUCGAUUUAUGACAAAACACAAAGCCUUUUUUUGUUACAGAAGUACGUUGUAUUCAUUAACUAAGGAAGAUCGCGAGAAUGAACAUUUUUCUAAGCUGGCGCGUUCAAUAAUUUUCUACCGUGGGGCGGGUCUGGGCCGCAAAAUAUUGUUUGAGGCCCUACUCCUCCCACCCGCUCUGCCACCUUGGAUUAGUAAAAGUACCCAAUUGCCGUACAAAAUAAACCGAACCGAACGACAAUGAUACUGGGUUACAGAGUACACGUAUUAAAAAAACAAAUACCUUUCUCGAAAAGUUUGAGCUAAAAAUUUUUAUAAAGAAACUAGAAUGUUUAAACAGCCUUCCACUUCUCUUUUUUUUUUCUACAGGUGGUUUUUACUCCGACUCUCUCGGUUACGUGGCCGACAGCUGUAAGAUUUGUCCAAACGGUUCUUACGUGGCAUAUGACAAAAAUCCUGGAAAAUCAGUGUUGGAUUGCAAGACAUGUCCUGACGGUAAUAUGUUGUUACAUGUACUUUAAUCAGCAUCACUUACUCAUUGUAUUUUAUUCACAUUAACAUACGCAUAUACCAUAUAUAAUAAAUGGUUUUUGAGGUCUAUGGUUAUGGGAAUGUUCCAAGUGUCUUAUUGAUCAGCGUGCACGUCUAGCCGCAAUGAUUCAAGCUCCUAAUUUCAAAGUGGAAACCUGAAAAAUAGGUACUAAAUGUGUCUUGCCAACAAUUUCUUUGAGCAUGACUUCUUUUUUCAUCGAAUUUACGAAAACGCGUGCUUGCCUUUUAAGGAAGAUGUGUAUUCUUCCUUUUACAACAAAAUAAGCGGAUGUAAGUGUGCCUUUCCGCGAGCAACAACUGUUUUUCGAACACAAAUGUUUUAUUAGAACAUUAUUGCGACCGAUAGGUGGAAGAUAUCGUAAACAACACUAACCCAAUGAAAUUUCCUACUUACUACUCAAGUGAUCUUCUUUAAAAACCAGCUUUGUACGGUUUGUUUCUGUAAAUUAUCCCGAUUAAGAAGAAGAGAUUUACCGGUUUUAAAAGGGUUACUUCUCUUUACUUAGUUUACCUGCUAUUAAAAAUAUUUGAAAAGGUUCUACAUAAAAACACACUGAACUUUUCGUGUGAGUUUUCUUACCUUUAGAUUGUAAUUUCGAGCCUAAAAAGCAUUUUUUCUUGAUAGGAACGGAGACAGACUUUUUUGCCGGAUAUCGUGCUUGCCCAUGCCUAGAAGGACAUUAUCGAACCCAUCUAUUCGACAAAUGUUUGAAAUGUCAAAGUGGACUGGUAUGCCAAGACGACUAUGCCUUAUUAGAACCUGGUUAUUGGUGGCAGUGGUGUAAUUAUACUUAUAAACAUCGUUAUGAAUAUUUCAUAAAAAAUGUCAUAAAAUCUUCACCUGCAUUGGAUAAUUUCUCAGUACAGUACCCUUAUCCGAUUCCAAUACCCUACAGAUGCCAGGUUAAAUUUUCUCGCGGAGGCGGUUUAAAUUCAUCAUGCCGGGAUGGAUAUCGCGGUCCAAUUUGCGCUGUAUGCAGUCCAGGGUACCACAAGCAAUUUCACUCCUGCAAAAUAUGUCCUUCACGAGCCUGGAUCACAUCACAGUUGUUGAUUCUUGCUUCUAUUUUAAUUUUACUGUUUGCCCUUCUGGUGUGGAGAAAAAAAACUAAUCUUGCAGAGGAAAAGGGACUCCAACUCAUGGACAAUUUUCUAUCGAAACUAAAGAUCUUGAUUGGUUUUUACCAAGUCACUCAUGGCUUUCUAGACGUUUUCUCUUACAUUGAGUGGCCAGAUUCAUUGCAAGUCGUCUCUAAGUAUUCCGGACUAUUACAGAUAAAUUUGCUUCAGAUAGCACCGAUUCAUUGCCUUUUUCAAGAAUUUCACGUGGAUGCUUUUGGAGACUUGUUUGUAAUCCUGUCAAUCAAUGCCAUUGCCAUUGUCGGUGCGGGUGUGAUUUAUGGUGUUCGGAAAAUAUUUAUCUUAAGAAUAACAGCUGCAUACAUCUUUGCUUUACCUGCUGUUUCUCUCUUUGCCCUUUGGAGGCAUCGGAAAUUAAUCUUAACCAAGGGAGAUGGUGAUGAUGGCUUAAAUCUAGAGGUUCUUAACGGAGUGCGAUUUCUCUUCGAAAAUUACAAACCUCGUUCCUGGUAUUGGGAACUAGUUGAAAUGUCUCGCAAAUUCAUUCUUACAUCCGGUCUCAUUCUCGUGGGUCAAGAAAGCAGAUCCUGCAUUGGUUUAGCCUGGGUUAUUGCCGGUAUGUAUGCAGUGCUUUUCUGUUGGAUCAAACCUAUGCAAGACCCUUUUGAGAACAAACUCAUGUCCACUUCACUCGCCGUGACUAUUGUAAACCUGGGUAUUGGUGCUGUGAGUAGAAUUCCCGCGGAGAACAUAUCAGACGCGGUGGAUCAUCACAAGGACGCUUUGGCAAUGAAAAUACUGAUUCUUGGGGCAAAUGCUCUUGUGAUUGGGCUUCUUGUUGGUAAGAUAUAUUUAGUGUUACGAAAAAAAAACUCAACAGAAACUCUUAUCAGUGGUAUGAUUAAAAAACUUCAAUGAAAUUUGAAAUGACUUAUAGCAUUGAAAGAGGCUUCUUUAAACAUAAAACCGACGUUUCGGAGUAGUCAUGACUCCAUGAUCAAGGUAAAAUAUAUAAAAGAUUAUGCAAAUUACAGCAUUUAAAGCAAGUUUGGCGCGAAGAAUUAACAUCAGAGGGUGCGACGAUUACGAAAAUACUUUCGCCCGAAUGGAGUCUUAAUGCACGUCGAGACUUGGCUCUAAAGCUUUUAUUGAAAGCUUUUCGUACACUAAACAGUCUAAUUUGUUUCUGCAUUUCUUGAGCACUUCGAAACGCUUUAGCAGGUCCUGAGGCAUCGUCCGGUGCACGUUCUUCUAGUGUUUGACAAUGGCGGAGGAUUGUUGUUUAUGUCCUUUUACACGAUUAUAUAAAUGUCCGCGUGUGAAACCUACAUAACCUGCAUCGCACAGGUCACAUUGAAAACUAUAAAUAACACACUGCUGAUUUACAAUUGGUGGCUUUGUUUCCUUGACAUUUAGUUCUUGUUCAAUUUUUCGGCUCACAAACACAGGCUGGAUGGUGGUGUGUACUUUCAGGCUCAGAUCCUUUAGUUGUUUUCUCACAAUAUCUGUUGAGAUUUGGUCUCUAAAUGGUAACAUUACGAAUGAUGGAAUUUGAAUCUUUCUCAUCGUUCGUAGAAUCUUGCCCAAGUCUAUCUCAGAUAUGGUCUGCCCUGCAGGCUUCAGACUAGCGAAUUUGUAUGAUUUACCAAAAAAGCAUAAGGAGCGCUUGGCGAUGCGCCCUAUACUAUCAACUACACAAACAUACAACUACGCUUUAGCAAAAUGGCUCGAAACUAAACUCAAGCCUCUGUCCUUGAAUCGUUCACACUAACUUACAUAUUUGAAUUUGCGAAUGAUAUUUGCAAUUUGAAAAUCGCAAACGGUGACAUUUCGGUUUCGUGCGACGUGUCUUCCCUCUUUACAACGUACCCUUAGAUGAAACGAUAGAGGUUCUCGCGAACGGAGCUUUCACAAACAACUGGUUUAAUACAGCAUAUGGCUUGAACCUCACCGAAAUCGAUCUUGUUGACCUUCUCAGUGUAGCUACCAAAGAACAACUUUUCCAGUUCAAUGGUGCCCUGUACGAACAGACAGAUGGUGUGGCUAUGGGAUCCCUUUAGGUCUCUUACUAACUAAUGUGUUCAUGGCCCACAUCGAAGAAAAACUUGAGGGAGAGGACAAACUCCCUUCUUUCUGUUGACGAUACGUUCACCAUCAUUCCAAAUAUGGCAACAGCAUCUAACUUCCUGGACACGCUUAACAAGGCACAUUCCUCCGUAAAAUUCACGAUGGAAACCGUAUGCAAUGGCAUGCUCCCAUUUCUGGGUAUGCAGUUGCUUAGCCGAUCGUCUCAAAUAGAGAAAAAGGUGUUCAUAAAACCCACUAAUUCAAGUCUACUCUUGCACUAUUAGAGUUAUGUUGACAUUUGGUACGAAAAGGGGCUACUUAGAACUAUGUUUGAUCGAGCACAUCGUUUAUCUUCAUCUUGGUCACGUUUCUCCGACAAAUGUGACUAAUUGAAGACAGUAUUCUCACGUUUGAAGUACCCCAGACACCUCGUUAACUUUGUCAUUAAAAGUUUCGUUGACUCAAAGGCUUGUGACCAGCGGCAGCUUUUGUCACCAUCUAAAGAGAAAGAUGACACGGUACGAGAAAUUUUGCCACUUAGAGACCAAAUAGCAUAUUGCCAAACACUACAAGAACGUGCACGGGACGAUGCCUCAGAACCUGCUAAAGCGUUUCGAAGUGCUCAAGAAAUGCAGAAACAAAUUUGACUGUUUAGUGUACGAAAAGCUUUUAAUAAGAGCUUUAAAGCCAAGUCUCAACGUGCAAUCAGACUCCAUUCGGGCGGAAGUAUUUUCAUAAUCUUCGCACCCUUUGAAGUUAAUUCUUCGCGUCAAAAUCGCUUUAAAUGCUGUAAUUUGCAUGUUCUUUUAUAUAUUUUACUUUGAUAAUGGAGUCAUGACUACUCCCAAACGUCGGAUUUUAUCGUUCGUUUUACCGUUGUAGAUUUAUAGCAUUGAGCUGCUUUCGAACCCUAUCCCAAUUGAAAAAAGUAACUUUAAGGUCGUAACCUGGUUUUCUGAUUUUUAAACCCUGCGCAGAACCUUUUUUUCACAAACUGCGAUAUUUUUUGUUCAUUAGGCCUCCCUCUUUAGUGAUGUUUAGUUCUCUUCUGUUCUUAUUUUUUAAAACUGAGAAAAACAUUCUAUGAAUAACAUGCCUGUGACGUAACGCAGCUUUCGUGUUUUCGUCUUUCCAUCUUCCGCAGUGAUAGCAACUCACGUUGAGGUAGUUUCUGAUAGUAAAAGUAUCAAUAUCGUAACUCAAGAGAAAAAGACUUACCUUUCAACUGAGCACAUGAUGUGGGAAAUUCAGCCUCUUAGCUCAAUCCGCUUUGCCGUUAACAUUUAUAAUACUACCAUAUAGUGUGUGUAUACUAUGCUUUAGUAAAGAAACUUAUAUCAUUAUAACUUAUAUUAUUUCAUUCAUUUCCAUUCUAGUUCAAUACUUGGCGUACUUACAUCAGUUCUUCAAAGAGUGGCGCAAAAAUCCAACCUGGUCUUUCUCUUGCUGCUUGGCCUUACUUCUUCCCCUCAAUGACCUGCAAGGUGAAAUUCGUGGAAUUGUUGGUAAGAACAUGCUAAAAACACAGCUUCAGUCAGGUGUCAUUGGGAAACCAUCCAUUGCUGCAUCUGCGAAAGAUAGUGGAGCAUUGAGUUUUUCUUCUUUCCAUGAGGAGAGUAGGCGCCAAGACGAUUCAGAAACAUCCAGAGUGACCAAAAACGGCAACACUAAAUGUGACCGUGGAACACAAACAGAGGUAUUU